CCACACUCUGUAUAGUGGAGACACGGCUAUAGUGCCAGAGUGCUGUUGGGUAGGCAGGCCCCUGCCUCAGUCCCAACGUUGUACAUACAUAGUAAGGAUCAAGGCUGAGUCACAGACAAGAUUCCGAGCGUCGACAUUCAUAAAGACGGCUAUUCCCUACGGUCUAUGUCCUGGUCGAUCGACCCAUUAGAACUUUUAUUUACUGUGCCGCAAACAGACAGCAAAUCGCAGGAACAAGGCGGCCACUUUGUGGUUUCGAGUCACGUCAUACAGAAAAACCAGAUCACAUUUGUCGCGGCAUAGAAGCUGCCUGAAAUAUUUCCUGCUCAUCUUACCUGCUCAUCAUACCUGCUCAGGCAUUAUUUGAUCCCGCUCUCGUAUACGACGACAAUGUGGAAAUCCAAAUCAGACCAUGCUGGAAAUGCCCAGCAAGAUAGAGACAUCAUUCCACCAGAUAUUGAAGACCCUCCGCCCCAACGCCAAGCUCAUUUCAAUGCGGCAACGCCGAGUGCAAAUUUCCCACAACAACUGCCCCCUCGCCCAGAGCCAUCUCGUCGGCAAGGGCUCUGUCCAGAUGCUAGAUUCUGCUGGCCCUUCAGUUGGGAUUCGUGGACUCUCAAUACAAAUGGCGAUACACCCCUCCUUCUACGUCGACUCUGCAUGUGGAUUACGCUAGGCGUGAGAGUAUUCAACUACGUCCUCGCCUUCAUUUUCCAGUUGUUCGGCUUCCAUAUCGCAUCCAUGAUUGUUGGUAUCAUCCUAGGCGUCUUGUCGUUCUUCUUCAUUGCGUAUUGUCUUUCAGGAAUUGGCAACGUACAAGGAUCACGGAGAGUUUUGGGUAUCAGUGCAAAUCGAUGGCACUACGAUGUUUUUCUGCUAGGGUCAGCGCUCAUCCACAUCAUGCUUAUUCCUAUCCUGUUCAAGUACAGGUCACAGGUCGCGUAUGAUGUGACUUGGUACGGAAUGUGGAUACUCAUAUUUGGUACAUGGUGGACAACUACAUGGGUACCAGAACAGACGAGCUAUGUCUGAUUUAUCGAGCUCGGUGUAAGUGUCCGGCUUCUCGGCCGUACUAUAUCGAUAUUGAGAAGGGUGUCCGGAAGCAGUAACUUGGAUCGGGGAAGUUUUGAAUGGAUGAUGAUAAUCGUGACCGGAAAAAUGCUCGCAAGGACUCUCCA